AUGUCUUCAAAGCGCCAUAAGUACAUAAUAACGGUUACUGAGUAUGCAUCAAAAUGGGUCGAAGCAAUACCCCCCAAAGACUACGCAGGAGCUACUGUGGCUGUGUUCAUCAAAGAGCACAUUGUAUACAGGUUCAGAGCGCCUACGAUAGUUAGAGAAGACAAUGCUAAGUCGUUCAUAAACAAGGACGUAAUAGAUCUGCUCAGCCAAUACAACACAAGACUGCACACGUCAACCCCAUACUACCCCCAGGGGAAUGGACAAGCAAAAGCGACGAAUAAAACACUCAUCCGAGUUCUGAGCAGAACGGUGCAUGAUCAUCACUGGGAAUUUCAUGAACAAAUGCCACUCGCGUUAUGGGCAUACAGGAUCUCGAAGCGCAGCUCCACAGGAGCGUCAUCCUAUUCACUAGUUUAUGGAGAGGAUGCGAUACUACUAGCAGAAAUAGCAGUGCCGUACGCGAGAGUGGCAAUGGAAAGCCAUACCACACCAGAUGAAGUAAGUCAUUUCCCUCAUUUAGACACGAUAGAAGAAAGAAGAGCAUGA